AUGAUCGAUAGAGUGACUUUUGAGAUGGCUCUUUUAGAAGUAUUACACCACGAUUACUUGACUAAGAUGGGCAUCGAGAACAAGAGUAAUAUAAAGCCCAAGAGUGGAGACAUUAAGAAGAAUAACAACAACAACAACAACAACAAUAAUAAUAAUAAUAAUAAAAAACAAAAUAAACAGGUUGCACCUUUGUCUGGAUCUCUUAAGGACAUUGAGAAAAGACGUAGACAGGUGUACAAGCCUGUGCUUGAUAAUCCAUAUACACAAUCUAACCUUUGGCCUUUUGUAGAGCCUGAAGUUUCUGAAACUCUUUUGGAACUUUUAUCACACCUUUUUUCAAAUGUGGGGAGCUACAAUAAGGUUGUAGCUUCGGGGAAAGAUAAACCAGAAUUUGUCAAGCCAGAAGAACCGGAGAUAUUACGUAAUGGGAUGACUUUAGGGUUCAAUUCUACUGUCGGUGCAUUAGAAAGACAAGCAAAGAAGACUACUGAUAUACUUAACGGGAAGACGGGCCAAGAGGAAAAUAAUUCGAAAUAUAUUAAGUAUGUUCUUGUGACAAAAUUUGACAUAACACCGAGUUUACUUGUUCAACAUUUCCCAGUUCUUGCCUGUACUGCGUCCAAAUCCAAAGAAGAUAGGGUAAAACUUGUACAGCUUCCUCGAGGAGCUCUGAAACGACUUUCGGACAUGUUGAACAUAUCGAAUGUCACCAUUAUAGGACUCACUAGUGACAUACGAGCAGCCCAAGGUGUAUACGAUUUGAUUGAUAAUAAGGUUGAUGAUGUAAAUGUUCCUUGGCUUGAACAAAUGCUUGCAGAAUGUUCAAAGGUUGAAUUCAGUAAGCCUGUUUUGAAGGUACUUUCAACCAGUGCCCCGAUUUUCCCAAAGAAAAACGAUCAAAAGAAGAAGAAUAAGGAGAGUAAGCAAGUAGAAAAUAAGGAAGAAGGAUCAAAAGAGCAAGAAAAGGAUAGUGACAUUAAGAAUAGUGGAAAAUGA